GAGAGAGAGAGAGAAAUGCGGACCGACUCCGGAGCUCCGUGAACUACAACAGUUUACACCGCGUCCUUUAUCCAUCUCUCCUCCAGAGGAUUAGUCUCUCCCUUCGUAAGGAUGGGUUCCGUGGCGUUCGACUGGAGGUUAUCGUGUCUUCUUCUGCAGGCAGCUGUUUUGCUGCUGCUCAGCAAGGGGGAGAGGAUGUGCCCUGCCAGUUGUCGCUGCGAAGGGAAGAUUGUUUAUUGCGAAUCCGGUAUCUUCCAAGACCUUCCAGAAAAUAUCACCACGGGAUGCCAGGGUCUGUCUCUGCGCUACAACAGCCUGCUGGUUCUGUUGCCGUACCAGUUUGCUCAUCUCAAUCAGCUCAUCUGGCUUUAUUUGGACCACAACGCCAUCAACUCAAUAGACGCUCUGGCUUUCCAUGGUGUGCGCAGACUGAAGGAGCUGAUACUCAGCUCCAACAAAAUAACCUUUCUGCACAAUAAGACUUUCAGCGCCAUCCCAAACCUGAGAAGCCUGGACCUAUCUUACAAUCAGCUGCAGUCGCUGCACCCGGGUCAUUUCUACGGCCUGCGCAAGUUGCAGAAUCUCCACCUGCGCUCUAAUGGACUGAAGCAGAUCCUCAUUCGCACGUUUCUGGAAUGCCGCAGUCUGGAGUUUCUAGAUUUGGGUUAUAAUCGCCUGCGGAGCCUCACCCGCACAACGUUCUUAGGGCUGUUCAAGCUGAAAGAGCUUCAUUUAGAGCACAAUCAAUUCUCCAGGAUUAAUUUUUUCAUUUUCCCACGCCUGACGAACCUUCAGGCUCUUUAUUUGCAGUGGAACCGCAUACGGUCCAUCAAUCAAGGCGUGCCGUGGACCUGGCAGAAGCUUCAGAGGUUGGACCUUUCGGGGAAUGAAAUCCAAAUCUUGGACCCGGCUGUUUUUCAGUGUAUGCCAAACUUACAAAUACUGAACCUGGAAUCCAACAAGCUGAGCAGUGUGCCUGUGGAAGCUGUGGCGGCCUGGACCUCCCUGACCACCAUCAGCCUGGCGGGGAACGCCUGGGACUGCAGCCCCAGCAUCUGCCCUCUGAUGGGGUGGCUCCGAACCAUGAGGGACCCCAAAGACAUCAGCAUGAUAUGCAGCAGCCCCAAGUCUGUGCAGGGCGAGCGCGUGGUGGACGUAGUCAGGAACCACUCCACGUGCGCCGACGUGUCAAACGCUUUCUCCACGACAGCUUUCAUCAUUAUGACUUCGCUGCAGAGUGUGAGCGCCGCAUCUUACCCGUUCCCCACUGAUUUUACAGACCUGAUUCCCACUGAGUGGCCCGACCAGACGAUAACCGCCUCCACCGUAGGUCUCAGUGAGACAGACACAGAGUCCCCAACAGUGAGCUCUGCGUCCCACAUCCCCCCAGAAACCCCCACGUCAUUUAUUCCAGAGCAACAAUUUGAACAUAUGGCUUUCCAUAAAAUCAUUGCAGGCAGCGUGGCCCUGUUCCUGUCGGUGUCAUUGAUCCUGCUGGUUAUUUAUGUCUCGUGGAGGCGCUACCCCAACACCAUGAGGCAACUGCAGCAGCACUCAGUCAACCACAAGCGGCGGAAAAAGGCUCGCAAGCAGGAGCAGGAUCUUAACUCACAGUUGCAAGAGUACUAUCUGAGCUACCAUUCAAACUCUGAGGCGAUGGACUCCCUGGUGAAUGAGACGCGGCCGUGCACAUGCACGAUAUCAGGAUCCAUAGAAUGUGAGGUCUGAACUGCCCACUCCACCUUAAGAGACAUCAAGUGCAAUUGCGAGGCAGAGGUAAAGGGGUUUUUUUCCUGGAGAUUAAGUGGUUUUUAUCUCUAAUAUGAGUUGAUAGAUUCUGCAGCACUGGAAAAAAUACUGGGGGGCAUAGUACAAUAUAAUUAUGUGGAGAGAAAAGGAGGUUAGAAUAGAAAGAUAUAUUUGGAGAGAGGUAAUUAUCACCGUGACUGACAUGAGAACAGUCGCAGGGUCAGUCAGGUUAGCUGUGGAUGAUCAAACGCAACAUCUGGACCUCUGCUACAAUAGAAGUCAGCUCCGUUCAGAGCCUGACCUUAUUCCUUAGUCAGAAUAUCUCGCCAUUGAACAUUUGAGCCAACAAUGCCACUUUU